AUGCAGGCAAAAACAUUGGAGUCAUACCCAGCUUUACUCUCCCUCACGGCUAUGAUAUGUGCGGCGAUGGGUGUCGAAGGCUUUAUAGCGUCUGUUGUGCUCGAGAAGGGCAUUAAUUUUGCAGUUUGGUCGAUACAUUGGGAUAUUAAACUAUUAGCUUAUGUCUACGGAGGAAUCCUGUGUUCAGGACUUGGUAAUUAUAUCUCACUACAUAUAUUACGAGAAAAAGGACCAGUGUUUCUAACAUCAUUUAAUCCUCUAACCAUGUUGAUUGUUGCUGGUAUGAGCAGUUUCAUUUUAGCAGAGCAAUUGGAAUUGGGAAAGGUUGUAGGAGGAUUUGUUAUAGUCGUUGGGCUGUACCUGGUGCUAUGGGGUAAAACCAAAGAUGAUCAUAAUAGCUCAUCUACAGGGCUCACAGAAGAGAAACCGUCGAUUCAUCAUCAAAUUUAUGCACUAGAUUCACCUACUGUGAAGGCCUUAUCAAUUGAUGGCUCCCAAGCAACAACUACAGAGAUUGUUUAAGAUUAAUUCAAUGGUGUAUAUCCUUAUGGGAGGGACGAUGGACAUGUUUGGUACGAGCCAACUGUAUAAGGUCUUUGUGCAUUUAAUUAUCCCUAUUUUUAACUUCGAUUUCUAGUUUGGGUGGAGAGAGAGAAACUCUUGGAACCAAAACUAGUAAUAUAUGGAA